CUACUAUCCUACAAGAGAUUUUGAUUAAAAGAUCACAGCAGAAGAAGAGGACUUCUCCCUUAAACUACAAAGAGAGGCUUUUUGUACUUACAAAGUCUAUGCUAACAUACUACGAAGGUCGACCAGAGAGCACAUGGGAAGCUGGUACUGUGUUGAAUAGUCAUCAGUGGCUUGUUUCCAGAUUGAGAGCCUCUCUUGAAUGGGACAUCCUAUUCUGCAUUUUAGUAUUUUCACUACUGAUAAUGUUGUUGGAAUAGAAGCUUGUUGAGUUCUCGGGUGAAAUAAAACUUGAAGGAGCUAAUGCAAUUCAGUGUGGACAAGUAAAAAAGGCGGGAAUGCUGAAAUGUUCAGAUACAGAACAGCAAUAGGUAGCUAAGUGUCAGGCUGUCCCCAGCAGGACCUGGGACCUGUAGUUGUGGAGUCCAUCAUCUGAACCUUGAGAAAGUAGCUAAAGCAGCAAGUGCCUUGGCUGAAUGACCUCUUGGAUCCUGUUUUGGGCUCUGGUCACUUGCCUGGGAUGCCUGUGGACUUGGGCUCUCCUCUCUGCAUGGCUCAGGCUGUCCAAGCCCAGUGCUCAGACAGCAUGGAGGCUGAGUUCAGGCUGAAUGCAAGGUGUCACUCACCCAGCAGCCAGAGGGUGGUCCUGAGCAGGGAGAAAACAGGGCAGAAAUGCUGCAGCUGGGCUGGGCAGACUGAGAGCUCUGUGUGUGUGGACUUCACAAAAAAACAAGAAGAGAAGACUUGUCUGAAAGAACCUGAAGAGAAAAAGUACAGAAAAGGAUCUGUGGAUAUUUCAAGGAUUAAAUGUGUAGAAGUUGUAAAAAGUGAUGGUAUUAUUCCAUGUCAAAAUAAAUAUCCUUUUCAGGUUGUAUACGAUGCUAAUACACUUUAUAUUUUUGCACCGAGUGCACAAAGCCGGGAUCAGUGGGUGAGGAACCUGAAAGAAGAAAUAAAGAACAACAGCAAUAUAAUGGUAAAAUAUCAUCCUAAAUUCUGGACGGAGGGAAUUUAUCAAUGCUGUAGGCAGACAGAAAAAUUAGCGCCUGGCUGUGAAAAAUAUAGUCUUUUUGAAAACAAUGUAAUGAGAUUGACCUCUUCGAUGCCAGAAAAAAGUGCGCGAAGGCCUCCACCACCUGUUCCUCCAGUUGAAGAAAAUGGGAAUGAAGAGGAGGAGAUAGUGGUAGCAAUGUAUGACUUUGAACCUACAGAACACCACGAUUUAAGAUUAGAGAAGGGUGAAGAAUAUACAGUGAUUGAGAAGAACGACAUUCAUUGGUGGAAGGCGAGAGACAAAUAUGGAAAACAAGGAUAUAUUCCAAGCAACUAUGUAACAGGAAAGAAGUCUAACAACCUUGAUCAAUAUGAGUGGUACAGCCGAAACCUGAACAGAAGCAAGGCAGAGCAGCUCCUCAGAAAUGAGGAUAAAGAAGGUGGUUUUGUGGUGAGAGACUCCAGUCAGCCUGGCCUUUAUACUGUUUCCCUUUACACAAAAUUUGGAGGGGAAGGUUCAUCAGGAAUAAGACACUAUCAUAUAAAAGAAACAGUGACGUCACCAAAACAGUACUACCUCGCAGAAAAACAUCUCUUUAACUCCAUUCCAGAAAUAAUUGAAUAUCACAGCCAUAAUGCAGCAGGUCUCGUUACCAGGCUGCGUUACCCCGUGACCCCAAAGAGGACGACAGCACCCACAACGGCAGGAUUCAGCUAUGAGAAAUGGGAGAUUAACCCCUCAGAACUGACAUUCAUGAGAGAGCUGGGGAGCGGUCUGUUCGGCGUGGUGCGCCUCGGGAAGUGGAGGGCACAGUACAAAGUGGCCAUCAAGGCAAUUCGGGAAGGUGCCAUGUAUGAAGAGGACUUCAUUGAAGAAGCUAAAGUAAUGAUGAAGCUAACACAUCCUAAACUAGUUCAGCUGUAUGGUGUGUGCACACAACAGAGGCCCAUUUACAUCGUGACAGAGUUCAUGGAGCAUGGCUGCCUUCUCAAUUACCUGAGACAAAAACGGGGAGUUUUGAGUAAAGACACUCUGCUUACUAUGUGCCAAGAUGUAUGUGAGGGAAUGGAGUACCUGGAGAGGAACAGCUUUAUCCACAGAGACCUGGCUGCCAGGAACUGCUUGGUGAGUGACUCAGGAGUAGUCAAAGUCUCGGAUUUUGGAAUGACAAGGUAUGUCCUUGAUGACCAAUACACAAGUUCUUCAGGGGCUAAAUUUCCUGUGAAAUGGUGCCCCCCAGAAGUCUUUAAUUACAGCCGAUUCAGCAGCAAGUCAGAUGUCUGGUCAUUUGGUGUUUUAAUGUGGGAAGUAUAUACAGAAGGAAAAAUGCCCUUUGAAAAAAGCUCCAACUAUGAAGUGGUAACAAUGGUUAGCCAAGGGCAUCGAUUGUAUCGGCCCAAACUGGCCUGUAAGCAGAUGUAUGAAAUGAUGAUGAUGUGCUGGCAGGAGAAACCAGAGGAACGCCCGACUUUUGAAGAGUUGCUUCAUGCAAUCAUUGACAUUGCAGAGGGUGAAGAUGCUUUUUGAAAAAAGGCAAUAGCAGCACAAGCAGAGAAAAUCAGGCACUUCCAAGAGAUAUGUGGCUUCAUAGUUUCUUUUUAAGAACUUGAUCCUGUGAGCUGUUGGGUGCUGCUAAAUAAACAAUGUGGGGAACCUGUAAUAUCUGAUGCACUCCAGAACAAGGAGAGUUUUCCAUGAUGUUGGGAAAUGAGCACAGUAUCUUCAGCAAUAUUAGCAAUCUCUGUAUCUUCUCUGAAAAGUCAGCAUAGCUGUAAAGUUCAGCUCUUUAGGGAGGGAGAAAAUGUGGCCAGAGGCCAGGAACCUUGAUUGUAUUUAGUGGGUUGAGGUUCAUGUACAUACAGUCCAUGUUUUUGGGUUUCUCUUUGCAUGGGCAAUAGCAUUAGUAGUGAUUUGCAUGCUUAAAAAUGGAAGGUAUCUAUAAAUGGCUUUUUACUGACACUGAAAUGUUCCCAGAGAUUCUCCAGAAACAUUAUUUUUCUUGGUUGACGGGUGUUUAUCAAGAAGACAAAAUGCACCUCUUUCAUUUGCACGUAGUAAGUUGUUACCAGCUCAGUUUAGCAUAACACUCUAAAAGCUCUGCUUCCUGAGCCAUGAUGUGCCUGGAGUCAUUGUAAAGUUGGUUUACCAGAGAUCUCCCAUGCUUAGUCUUCAUGUUACUAAUGAAAAAUAAGUCCAAGAUUCAGCACAACUGGCUGUCAGUGAACCAUAGUACCAUGUUUUGGAUUAAUUAUAAAAUUAUUUAUAUGCUGUAUGUACUGUAAAUACAUAAAUUGAAUGCAUUUAUUUAUAUAAAGUGGGGGGUUUUUGCCAUGAAAUGUUCAAGCAAAAAUGUGUCCUUCCUUCACUUAAACACACAGUUCUAUACAGGGGGGGUUGUAAAUGAAAGAAAUUCUCGAAUGUGUUUAAGAAGGGCUGGUGUUUCUGUCUGUUGUCUGUACAUAUAGUGCUCUAACCUUUCUGUUCAUAACAGAACAUAUCAUACUGCAUGUGUGUGUAAAUAAACUGAAUGUUAACUGUUGUUUGGAA